GGUGUCUGCUGAAGAAAACGGGACAGAGGUGUAGUGAGAGGCCGACACAGGGGUUCAUUUAUUUUCCCCGGGAGAUUUUACUGAAUUGCACCAGCGGACUUCAGAAUUCAGAAUGUCAAUGAUCGUCAGCGCCGAGGAGAUGGAGGAGAUCAGGGAGGGAUUCCAGAAAGUGGAUUUGGAUGGUAAUGGGUACAUCUGCGCCUCUGAACUCGGAAAUCUGUUCAGUGAGGUGGGCUGUUCUAUGCCUGGAUACCAGAUCCGAGAACUCAUCCAGAAGCUGGACAAAAACAACGACAGCCACAUCGACCUUGAAGAGUUCACGACUAUCUUCAAGGAUUUGAAGAACGACUCCAAGGCCAAGGAAUUCAGAAAAGCUCUCAACAAGAAAGAAGGCAUUGUCGCCAUCGGGGGCACAAGUGAGAUCUCCAGUGAAGGAACCCAACAUUCAAUAUCUGAGCAGGAGCGCUAUGCCUUCGCAAACUACAUCAGCUCUUCUCUGGAGAAGGAUCCAGACUGUCAAAACAUCCUGCCUAUCGACCCCAACACUAAAGCUCUGUUCACAGCAGUGGCCGACGGCAUCGUACUUUGCAAACUCAUCAACCUCUCAGUUCCUGACACCAUCGACGAGAGAACCAUCAAUAAGAAGAAACUCACGGCUUUCACCACUCAGGAGAAUCUGAACUUGGCCCUGAAUUCAGCUUCGGCCAUCGGCUGCCAAGUUGUUAAUAUUGGAGCUCAAGAUCUGAAGGAGGGAAAACCUCACCUGGUGCUCGGCCUCCUCUGGCAGAUCAUUAAGAUCGGACUGUUUGCGGAUAUCGAGCUGAGCCGUAAUGAAGCUUUAGCAGCGUUGUUGGAGGAAGGGGAGACUCUGGAGGACUUGAUGAAGCUCAGUCCUGAGGAGCUGCUGCUGCGUUGGGCAAAUUUCCAUCUGAAGAAAGUGGGCAUGACCUUAACAAACUUUUCUGGAGAUGUUAAGGACUCCAAGGCGUACUUCCACCUGCUCGAGCAGAUUGCACCAGAUGGAAGCAAAGAGGAUGCUCCACGGGUUGAGAUCGACAUGACUGGUCUUUACGAGAAGGAUCUCUCAAAGAGAGCAGAGUGCAUGCUCAAGCAGGCUGACCGCCUCGGCUGCCGCCAGUUCGUAACUGCUACUGAUGUAGUGGGUGGAAACUCAAAGCUGAACAUGGCCUUUGUAGCCACACUCUUCAACAAACACCCAGCUCUCACCAAACCAGAGAACCAAGACUGGAAUCUGGAGAGUGAGACCCGGGAGGAGAGAACCUUCAGGAACUGGAUGAACUCUCUUGGAGUCAAUCCAUUUGUUCACCGUAUCUACGGUGAUCUGCAGGAUGCCAUGGUUAUUCUCCAGCUGUAUGAAAGGAUCAAGGUGCCAGUGAACUGGGAGGCAGUCAACCAACCUCCAUUCAAACCUGUAGUGGGGCAUUUAAAAAAGAUAGAGAACUGUAACUAUGCCGUGAAGCUGGGUAAGGAAGAGGCUGGUUUCUCGCUGGUGGGAAUAGCUGGACAGGAUCUCUAUGAUGGAAAUGCAACUCUAACUUUGGCGCUGGUGUGGCAGCUGAUGAGGAGGUACACUCUAAAUAUUCUUGAAGACCUGGGAGAUGCUGCAGGAGAUGAUCUGAUCAUUUCCUGGGUCAACAAAACUCUGUCUGAGAGCGGCAAGAGUUCCUCAAUCAGAAGCUUUAAGGACAAAUCCAUCGGUACCAGCAUGCCUGUGCUCGACUUGAUCGAUGCCAUUCAGCCAAAGAGUGUGAACUUCGAGCUGGUUAAAACAGAAAAUCUGUCGGACGAAGACAAACUGGACAAUGCCAAGUAUGCUGUUUCCAUGGCGAGGAAGAUUGGGGCAAAAGUCUACGCUCUCCCUGAAGACUUGGUGGAGAUCAACCAGAAAAUGGUGAUGACCAUCUUCGCCUGCUUGAUGGGGAGAGGCAUGAAGCGAGCGUAACCCCCCCACCCCCACCCCCCUCUCCCCCUGCCCGUUUGAUUGGAUGACACAUGAAGAGAGUGAACAUAGCUGUACAACAUAGUUGUGUUGCAGCUUUUCUGGUUCGGGAUACACAGAAGUGUCGCUUUAUUGCAUCUAUAACACAUUUAACUUUUAGAAACGGCAAUAAACAUUUGUUGGUACAUACACAAGCUUUAGUUCAUGGAGCUUGUGUUUUGCAGACGAUUAGACAGUUAGCAUUGAAGUGGGACAUAAGUCUUACCUCAGGGGUUUUUGGUUUUACAGUUUUACAUCAGGAAACUUCUGAGCUUGAGUGAAUGACAGUGUCACAACAACAAAGCCUCAGCUCUCCAUACUGGUUAAGCGAUAGUCCAGGGUCUGCCCAGUGCAUUCUGGGAUUGACUUCUUCCUGCCUGUGACCCUAAGUGUAUUCUGUUUAUUUUGAAUGGAGAAACUUAAUAAUGCCCCCUUAAAGGUCACAUAUUGUGCAAAAUACACUUUACAAUGGCUAUGUAACACUCAAAUGUGUUAUUUAGCUUUUCUACAAACCCCUCUAAUUAUGACAUUUAAUGUUUUGCCUUCUCUUACUUGUGUGGAAAAUGUGUUCAAACAGGCCGUUUGUCGAUUUUACCUUCAUGACAUCACAAAGGGCAGUAACCCCUCCCCCAGGUGGGUGACACAACUGGGUGUUUGUUCUUGCCCUCUGAGUCUGCCUUUUUAGUGUAAACCAAAGGACAUGGUGCGAAAAGCCCAAGCCUGUCCAGAGAGGGGCGUGGUCAAACACAGCUCAUUUACAUUUAAAGCUACAGGCACAGAAACAGACUGUUCUGAGCAGGGCUAAAAUGGAGGGGUUUAUAGACAAAAUCAAAUACAGCAUCAGAGUUGAUCUAUAACAAGAAACUUCACAGACAUGUUGUGGGGGAGCUCUGAGACUUAUUUAAACUGGUUGAAAAAGGAGAAUGUAUGUGACCUUUAAUAUCAAACAAAACCUUUACGUGGUGACAUUUACAGUUCUUUACAAACAUUUAAGUUAUUUUUUCUAGUAUUUGGUCCAAUAUUUCUGAAGUCUUGCUUCUGUGUUCUCACAUUAUCCCCUCAGGCUUCCCUAAAGCUCUCUUCCUGAUGAUACACUCAUGUCUGCUCUAUCCUACCUGUGCCCACCUGUGUACUGUAUGAGUGCUUAUUUCCCUUAAGCAAUAAAACGAUUAUCUUCACGAAUACCUUUACGCCUUUCUUAAAUAUAUGACCAAAGCUGUGCUAGGUCAAAGGCAUUUUAUGGCUUUGUACUUGAAACCAUUUAACUAAAUACCUUAAUUUUCCAAUCUUUUUAGUUGAUUAACUUGUGCAUUUGUGCUCAUCAGAAAGGAAUCAUAAUGAGAUGUUAAGGGACUAUUAUGAGGAAAAUUAUUGAGGAUUUAACAUAAGGGAUAUGUUUGAGUAUAUGUAGUGGAUCAUCUCGAAGGACUUUCAAGGUGGCAAACAUCCCGUAAAACUGACUCAGCAGCAUCAACACCAUCAAAUGGAAAUGUCUUACUAUUAACAUUAGCUCAUAAAACUGGUAAUUCUUCAUUGUCUUAAAUCAUGCAUGUACUCCAUAAAUCUGACAUGAAUCCAUUCAUAUCUGAGAGAUUCCUAUUUAUCCAUUAAUCAAUCAGAUGUGCAGUUUCAUUUCAAAGGUCUUUUAAUCACAAAAUGUUUUUUCCCCCUUUCUGAGGAUUUCUUUUACUCCUAAGAAAGACUUGAUUUGUGCAGAAAACCUGAAGCAUGUCCCUGUCAACUAUCAUAACUCAACUCUCUGGUAUUAGACACUUAAAUAAACCGCAUAAAAAUCUC